UGAGAAUACAACACUGUAUCACUCUCGUGAUUAUUUCUCCCCUGUUUUCAGUCGGUUGAUCUACUCAGGUGCAGUGACGUUUGUCAUCGCCACCCUGACCUUUCCUCCUGGAUUCGGCCAGUUCAUGGCUGGAGAGGGGCAGCAUUUGGGCAUCUGGUAGGGAGAUCAUGGCCACUCUCUCCCCUCUCCCCCAGGGGCAGCAUUUGGGCGUCUGGUAGGGAGAUCAUGGCCACUCUCUUCCCAAACGGUAUCCUGUUUGAUGGGAUAGUUUAUCGCAUCCUCCCUGGGGGCUAUGCUGUCAUUGGUGCCGCGGCCCUGACCGGGGCAGUAACCCACACGGUGUCCACGGCUGUGAUCUGUUUUGAGCUGAGAGGCCAGAUCUCCCACAUCCUGCCCGUGAUGGUGGCGGUGAUCCUGGCCAACAUGGUGGCCCAGGGCCUGCAGCCCUCCCUCUACGAUUCCAUCAUCCAGGUCAAGAAACUGCCAUACCUCCCUGAGCUCAGCCUCGGACACAUCAGUAAGUACAACAUCUUUGUGGAGGACAUGAUGGUGCGGAAGGUGAACUUCCUGUCCUCCCUGUCGACCUAUCGGGAGCUGGGCUAUCUGCUAGACUCCACCUCCCUUAAAACCAUCCCUCUUGUCAACUCCAAAGAGUCUAUGAUCCUAUUGGGGUCUAUAGAGAGGACAGAGCUGCAGGCCAUCUCUGAUUGGUGGCUUUCAUCCGAGAGGCGUAUCUUUGAGAGGGGUCAGGGGUCACCGGAUCAGGGCUGGGAGUCCUUCACUUUAGUAGACGAGGAGGGAGGAGAGACCUCUCCUGUACAAGAUGAACAGAAUAGGCCACUCCCAUCCCCCAAACCACAGGAGCCCUCCACCAAUCACACUUGCUCAGAGAAGCGUUCCCUCCAGUCUGUGAGGGGAAUAUUUCAGCGCCUCUUCCUCAACCAGCCAGGCUGAAGCUCAGGAAUCCACCCCACCUCCACUCACUGACACCAUGUCCUCAGAGGAGAUCAAAGCCUGGGAAGAAGAAGAGUUGGAUAAGCCAAUCAGUAUGGAGGAGAUACGGAUUGAUCCCUCCCCCUUUCAGCUGGUGGAGAGAACCUCCCUUCACAAGACCCACACUUUGUUCUCCUUGCUGGGUCUCAGUCUUGCCUAUGUUACCAGCAUUGGGAAACUGGUGGGAGUCGUAGUUGCAGAAGGCCAUCGAGGGCUCCACCCUUAGUGGGGUGAGAUUGCGCCCCCCUCUGGCCAGUUUCAGAGAUGCCAACCGUAAAGCCAAGAAGCACGAGGCUCCUCCCACCACACCCUCCUCCCCCACCAGGGAGAGGGAGCUGUGGG